GAGGGGAGCUCAAACUCUGAGGCAGAGGGUUUGCUGGGCCAACCUGCUUCCUGGCGGGUCCCGGGGCUGGACCCCUCGCCGACAUCCCGCCCCCUGCCUCUCUUCCCUCCCUCCCAUCGCCCAGAAGGCCAACUCCUCCCGCCUGAGUCACGGCAGGAGCUGGGGAGGAGCCGGGGAAAGGCGGCCCCAGUUCAGAGAACAGCCAGCAGCCGCUGGGAGAGCAGGCAGGGCUGUCGGGGACCAUGGGGGAGAGCGCGCUGGAGCAGGGCCCCACACCCGGGGCGCCUGCCGGGGGCCCCGUGCACGCCGUGACGGUGGUCACCCUGUUGGAGAAGCUGGCCACCAUGCUGGAGGCGCUGCGUGAGCGGCAGGGCGGCCUGGCUCGAAGGCAGGGCGGCCUGGCGGGCUCCGUGCUCCGCAUCCAGAGCGGCCUGGACGCACUAAGUCGCAGCCACGACACCACCAGCAACGCGCUGGCACAGCUGCUGGCCAAGGCGGAGCGCGUGGGCUCGCACGCGGACGCCGCCCAGGAGCGCGCAGUGAGCCGCGCCGCCCAGGUGCAGCGGCUGGAGGCCAACCACGGGCUGCUGGUGGCGCGCGGGAAGCUGCACGUCCUGCUCUUUAAGGAGGAGGCUGAAAUUCCAGCCAGCGCCUUCCAGAAGGCGCCUGAACCUUUGGGUCCGGCGGACCAGCCCGAGCUGGGCCCGGAGCAGCCGGAGGCCGAAGUUGGAGAGAGCUCAGACGAGGAGCCAGUGGAGUCUCGGGCCCAGCGGCUGAGGCGCACCGGUUUGCAGAAGGUACAAAAUCUGAGAAGGGCUCUUUCCGGACGGAAAGGUCCCACAGCGCCCCCGCCCACGCCUGUCAAGCCGCCUCGCCUAGGCCCUGGCCGGAGCAGAGAGAGCCAGCCGGAAGCCCAGCCUGCGCUGGAGUCGGCGCCCCAGCCAGAGCCUCCGCAGGACCCCGAGGAAGUUCCGGGGAGAACCGAGCCUGCCCAAGAGGCUCCGCUCCAAAUAGAGAGUGCAGCCUGAUAGUCAGCCCUGCCGCCUCCUAUGCCUUGUCCCCAAAAUAAAUCCUUUUCGGAAGGCAACAUUCACGCCCAAAUAAGGAGCGAAUGCUGCACCCACUGCCCAGCUCUGCCCUCCCUCCUGGCUUUUUCAGAGGGCGUCCUCUGACUAGACAGCAGCUUGCACUACUUGGCAUACCAUCAAUAAAAGUAAUUUCGUCUAAUGCGGACUCCAUGCGAGAGAAGGCUAGGGUGCCGAGGAGGGUGGGAUCUUUCCACCUGCUAGCCCCGAAUCCCGGGCUGUGCUCCAGGGACAGAGGGAACAUCCUGCUGGGCACUUGCUUCUGAAACACCUUCCUUAUGGGGGCACUCAGUCACAACAUUUUUCUUUUCUUUCAUUUUUUUAAAGCGUCCGGUACAGUCCUUUGGUGUAAGUGCACAAUAAAUGUCCACUAAUAGUU